CCCUGCCCUGCCCUGAGACACCCCCCUCCCGAGAUUGGGGACAGAGCAGGUGCAGAGGCACUGCAGCCACCGGUUGCCCAGCCUCCUGAAUGAUGCCAGCCCAGCAUCCUCUCACCUCCUGUCUGGCCGUCCUGGUGCUGCUGGGCACAGCCAGAGCAGGCCCCUUCUCUUCACGGUCCAAUGUGACACUCUCAGCCCCACGGCCCCCUCCGCAGCCAGGGGGCCGCACAGUGGGGACAGGAGGGGGAAGCCCCUCUUCUCAGCUUUAUGAACACACAAUGGAAGGAGGGGAGAAGCAGGUGGUAUUCACCCACCGUAUUAACCUGCCCCCUUCUGCUGGCUGUGGCUGUCCCCCGGGCACUGAGCCUCCUGUCCCUGCUUCAGAGGUGCAGGCCCUGAGGGUCCGGCUAGAGAUCCUGGAGGAGCUGGUGAAGGGGCUCAAGGAACAGUGCACUGGGGGAUGUUGCCCUGCUGCUGCCCAGGCUGGCACAGGUCAGACAGAUGUGCGCAGCCUCUGCAGCCUUCAUGGUGUGUUUGAUCUGAGCCGCUGCGCCUGUUCCUGCGAGCCAGGCUGGGGCGGGCCCACCUGCUCAGACCCCAAAGACCCUGGGAUGUCCCCCUCGUCCCCGCCUUCAGGGUCCUGCCCUGACGACUGCAAUGACCAGGGUCGUUGUGUCCGCGGUCGCUGCGUGUGCUUCCCUGGCUAUACCGGCCCCAGCUGUGGCUGGCCCUCCUGCCCUGGGGACUGCCAAGGUCGCGGGCGCUGCGUACAGGGCGUGUGCGUGUGCCGCGCUGGUUUCUCAGGCGCCGACUGCGGCCAGCGCUCUUGCCCUCGGGGCUGCAGCCAGAGGGGACGCUGCGAGGACGGGCGCUGCGUGUGCGACCCCGGCUACGCUGGCGAGGACUGCGGCAUGCGGAGCUGCCCUCGGGGUUGCAGCCAGAGGGGGCGCUGUGAGGACGGGCGCUGCGUGUGCGACCCCGGCUACACUGGUGAGGACUGCGGCCAGCGCUCCUGCCCUCGGGGCUGCAGCCAGAGGGGACGCUGCGAGAAUGGGCGCUGCGUGUGCGACCCCGGCUACUCCGGCGAGGACUGUGGCGUGCGGAGCUGCCCCUGGGACUGUGGCGAGGGCGGGCGCUGCGUGGACGGCCGUUGCGUGUGCUGGCCCGGGUACGCGGGUGAGGACUGCAGCACGCGGACGUGCCCGCGUGACUGCCGGGGCCGAGGGCGCUGCGAGGACGGCGAAUGCAUCUGCGACGCGGGCUACAGCGGGGACGAUUGCGGCGUGCGCAGCUGCCCUGGCGACUGCAACCAAAGGGGCCGCUGCGAGGACGGCCGCUGCGUGUGCUGGCCCGGGUACACGGGGCCUGACUGCGGCGCGCGCGCCUGCCCACGGGACUGUAGAGGCCGCGGGCGCUGCGAGAACGGCGUGUGUGUCUGCAACGCGGGCUACAGCGGCGAAGACUGCGGCGUGCGCAGCUGUCCCGGGGACUGUCGCGGCCGGGGCCGCUGCGAGAGUGGCCGCUGCUUGUGUUGGCCUGGGUACACAGGCCGGGACUGCGGCACGCGCGCCUGCCCCGGUGACUGUCGCGGGCGGGGGCGCUGCGUGGACGGCCGCUGCGUGUGCAACCCAGGCUUCGCCGGCGAGGACUGUGGGAGCCGUCGGUGUCCCGGGGACUGCCGUGGGCACGGCCGCUGUGAGGAGGGCGUGUGUGUGUGCGACGCGGGCUACUCGGGCGAGGACUGCAGCGCGCGCAGCUGCCCCGGGGGCUGCCGAGGCCGCGGCCAGUGCGUAGACGGGCGCUGCGAGUGCGACGACGAAUAUUCUGGGGAGGACUGCGGUGUGAGGCGGUGCCCGCGCGACUGCAGCCAGCAUGGCGUGUGCCAGGACGGUGUGUGCAUCUGUUGGGAGGGCUAUGUGGGCGAGGACUGUAGCGUCCGCACCUGCCCCUCCAACUGCCACGGACGCGGCCGCUGUGAGGAUGGGCGCUGCGUGUGCAACCCAGGCUACACCGGCCCCGCCUGCGCCACUCGCAGCUGCCCGGCCGACUGCCGGGGUCGUGGGCGCUGUGUGCAGGGUGUGUGCGUGUGCCACGCGGGCUAUGGCGGCGAGGACUGCGGACAGGAAGAGCCUCCCGCCAGCGCCUGCCCUGGGGGCUGCGGGCCUCGGGAACUGUGCCAGGCGGGCCAGUGUGUGUGUGUUGAGGGCUUCCGAGGCCCUGACUGUGCCAUCCAGACGUGCCCAGGGGACUGCCGUGGCAGGGGAGAGUGUCGCCAGGGCAGCUGUGUCUGCCAAGACGGCUAUGCUGGCGAGGACUGCGGGGAAGAGGUGCCAGCCAUUGAGGGCAUGAGGAUGCACCUUCUGGAGGAGACGACCGUUCGGACGGAGUGGACCCGGGCUCCUGGCCCCGUGGAUGCCUACGAAAUCCAGUUCAUCCCCACGACAGAGGGGGCGAGCCCCCCAUUCACCGCGCGGGUGCCUAGCUCUGCCUCAGCCUAUGACCAGAGAGGACUGGCCCCCGGCCAGGAGUACCAGGUCACUGUCCGUGCCCUUCGAGGGACCAGCUGGGGCCCUCCUGCCUCCAAGACCAUCACCACUAUGAUCGAUGGUCCCCAGGACCUCCGAGUGGUGGCUGUGACGCCGACCACACUGGAGCUCAGCUGGCUGCGUCCCCAGGCCGAGGUGGACCGAUUUGUGGUGUCCUAUGUCAGUGCCGGCAACCAGAGGGUGCGGCUGGAAGUGCCCCCCGAAGCAGACAGGACACUGCUGACUGACCUGAUGCCAGGCGUGGAAUAUGUGGUGACUGUCACAGCGGAGAGGGGCCGGGCAGUCAGCUACCCGACUUCUGUCAGGGCCAACACAGGGUCCUCACCCUCAGGCCUCUUGGGGGCUACCGAUGAGCCUCCUCCUUCAGGCCCCUCGACGACCCAAGGGGCCCGGGCCCCUCUCCUGCAGCAGCGCCCCCAGGAGCUGGGAGAGUUGAGGGUGCUGGGCAGAGACAAGACAGGGCACCUCCAUGUGGCCUGGACUGCCCAGCCCGACACCUUUGCCCACUUCCAGCUGCGACUGCGGGUACCCGAGGGGCCGGGGGCACACGAGGAACUGCUGCCAGGGGACGUCCGCCAGGCCCUGGUGCCUCCACCUCCUCUUGGAGCCCCCUAUGAGCUGUCACUUCGUGGGGUCCCCCCUGGGGGCAAGCCCUCUGAUCCCAUCAUCUACCAAGGCAUUAUGGACAGGGAUGAGGAGAAGCCUGGGAAGCCCUCAGGUCCACCACGCCUAGGCGAGCUGACCGCGACGGACAUGACCUCUGACUCCUUGCUUCUGCGCUGGACGGUCCCCGAGGGCGAGUUUGACUCCUUUGUGAUCCAGUACAAGGACAGGGACGGGCAGCCCCAGGUGCUGCCUGUGGAGGGGCCCCAGCGCUCGGCCCCCAUCACCUCCCUGGACCCCGGCCGCAAGUACAAAUUUGUCCUGUACGGGCUCGUUGGCAAGAAGAGACACGGCCCCCUGGUGGCUGAAGCCAAGAUCUUGCCUCGGAGUGACCCAAGCCCGGGGACCCCACCCCGCCUGGGAAAGCUGUGGGUGACAGACCCUACUCCAGACUCACUGCACCUCUCCUGGACCGUCCCUGAGGGCCAGUUCGACUCCUUCAUGGUCCAAUACAGGGACAGAGAUGGACGACCCCAGGUGGUACCUGUGGAAGGGCCUGAGCGUUCAGUCGUUAUCUCCCCGCUGGACCCUGACCACAAGUACAGAUUCACUUUGUUUGGGAUUGCCAACAAGAAGCGGUAUGGACCCCUCACGGCCGAUGGCACCACGGCCCCAGAGAGGAAAGAGGAGCACCCCCGUCCUGAAUCUCCUGAGCAGCCCCUCCUGGGGGAACUGACGGUGACCGGCGUGACGCCAGACUCCUUGCGCCUGUCGUGGACGGUGGCCCAGGGCCCCUUCGACUCCUUCAUGGUCCAGUACAAGGAUGCACAGGGGCAGCCCCAGGCGGUGCCCGUCAAGGGGGAUGAGAAUGAGGUCACCGUCCCUGGCCUGGAGCCCGACCGGAAGUAUAAGAUGAACCUCUACGGGCUUCGUGGCAGGCAGCGUGUGGGGCCCGUGUCUGUGGUGGCCAAGACCGCUCCUCAGGAGAGUGUGGAGGAGACCCCCAGCCCCACAGAACCCAGCACGGAGGCCCCAGAGCCCCCAGAGGAGCCACUGCUGGGGGAGCUGACGGUGACAGGAUCGUCCCCAGACUCGCUGAGCCUCUCCUGGACCGUCCCCCAGGGCCACUUCGACUCCUUCACCGUCCAGUACAAGGACAGGGACGGGCGGCCCCAGGUGGUGCGUGUCAGGGGUGAGGAGAGAGAGAUGACUGUGGGGGGCCUGGAGCCCGGGCGCAAGUACAAGAUGCACCUGUACGGCCUCCACGAGGGUCAGCGCGUGGGCCCCGCGUCCACCGUGGGCGUGACAGCCCCACAAUGGGAAGAAGAGACCCCUCCAGCUACCCAGCCCCCGCCGGAGCCGCGCCUGGGGGAGCUGACAGUGACAGAUGUUACCCCCAACUCCGUUGGCCUCUUGUGGACUGUCCCUGAGGGCCACUUUGACUCCUUCGUGGUCCAGUACAAGGACAGUGACGGGCAGCCCCAGGUGGUGCCCGUGGCUGCAGACCAGCGGGAGGUCACCGUUUCCAACCUGGAGCCUGCAAGAAAAUACAAGAUGAACUUCUACGGGCUCCAUGGCAGGCAACGAGUGGGCCCCCUCUCCGUGGUAGCGGUGACGGAUCCUCUCCCACCAGCCCCAGCCACAGAGGCGUCCAAGCUCCUCCUGGAGCCACGCCUGGGGGAGCUGGCAGUGGUGGACGUGACCCCUGACUCCGUGGACCUCUCCUGGACAGUCCCUGAGGGUGAAUUCGACUCCUUCGUGGUCCAGUACAAGGACAGGGACGGGCAGCCCCAAGUGAUGCCGGUGGCCGCAGACCAGCGGGAGGUCACUGUCCCAGGCCUGGAGCCCUCCCGCAAGUACAAGUUCCUGCUCUUUGGGAUCCGGGAUGGAAAGCGACGCAGCCCAGUCUCUGUGGAGGCGAAGACAGCUGCCCGAGGCGACGCCAGCCCGGGGGCCCCGCCCCAGCUCGGGGAGCUGUGGGUGACGGACCCCACCUCGGACUCGCUGCGCCUCUCCUGGACAGUCCCUGAGGGCCAGUUUGACUCUUUCGUGGUCCAGUUCAAAGACAAGGACGGGCCCCGGGUGGUGCCUGUGGAGGGCCACGAGCGCUCCGUCGCCGUUGCCCCCCUGGAUCCUGGCCGCAAGUACCGAUUCCUCCUCUACGGCCUCCUGGGCAAGAAGCGCCACGGCCCCCUCACCGCCGAGGGCACCACGGAGGCCUGGAGUGCUGUGGAUACUGGAACAAAGCAUCCCCCAAAACCCCGUCUGGGGGAGGAGCUGCAGGUGACCAGUGUGACGCCGAACUCCGUGGGCCUCUCAUGGACAGUCCCUGAGGGCCAAUUUGACUCCUUUGUGGUCCAGUACAAGGACAGGGCCGGGCAGCCACAGGUGGUGCCCGUAGAGGGCAGUCUCAGGGAGGUCGGCAUCUCGGACCUGGACCCUGCCCAUAGGUACAAGCUGCUGCUCUACGGGCUGCACGGUGGCAAGCGUGUGGGUCCCAUCUCUGCCAUCGCCAUGACCGCUCCCAGAGAAGAAAUCGAAGCAGAGACCGCAGCCCCCACUCCAUCAGCAUCUGAGCCCCACCUGGGGGAGCUGACAGUGGGAGAGGCCACGCCACACACCCUGCAGCUCUCCUGGGUGGUGACACAGGGAGAAUUUGACUCCUUUGAGGUCCAGUACACAGAUAGAGAGGGGCGACUCCAAGUGGUCGACGUAGGGGGUGACCAGAAUGACAUCACCCUCUCUGGCCUGGAAUCCGACCACAGAUACCUGGUGACGCUGUACGGUUUCCAUGAUGGGCGGCGAGUGGGUCCUGCCCACAUUGAGGCUCUGACAGUCCCACAGGAGGAGGAAGAUGAGCCUUCAGAACCACCCACGACGACCCCCGAGCCUCCCAUCAAGCCUCGCCUCGGGGAGCUGACCGUGACAGACGCCACCCCCGACUCCCUGAGCCUGACCUGGACGGUCCCCGAGGGCCAGUUUGACCACUUCCUGGUCCAGCCCCAGGCGGUGCGUGUCGGGGGUGAAGAGAGAGAGAUGACCGUGGGGGGCCUGGAGCCCGGGCGCAAGUACAAGAUGCACCUGUACGGCCUCCACGAGGGGCGGCGCGUGGGCCCCACGUCCACCGUGGGUGUGACAGCCCCGCAAGAUGUGGACGAGACCCCCAGCCCCACAGAACCCAGCACGGAGGCCCCAGAGCCCCCAGAGGAGCCACUGCUGGGGGAGCUGACGGUGACAGGAUCGUCCCCAGACUCGCUGACCCCCAAGGAGGAGUUCCCUCAUGCCCCACCUCCAAAGCCGAGCCUAGGCGAGAUGACAGUGACGGAUACCACCCCAGACUCCCUGAGCCUGACCUGGACGGUCCCGGAGGGCCAGUUUGACCACUUCCUGGUCCAGUACAAGAACGGGGACGGGCAGCCCAAGGUGGUGCGGGUGCCGGGGCACGAGGACGGGGUCACCGGCCCCUUCGACUCCUUCGUGGUGCAGUACAGGGAUGCGCAGGGGCAGCCGCAGGCAGUGCCCGUGAGCAGAGACCUCCGCGAGGUCACCAUCUUGGGGCUGGACCCGGCCCGCAAGUACAAGUUCCUGCUCUUCGGACUGCAGGAUGGGAAACGCCACGGCCCGGUCCCUGUGGAGGCGAAGACGGCCCCAGACACAAAGCCCUCUCCCCGCCUGGGGGAGCUGGCACGUGUCGGGGGUGAGGAGAGAGAGGUGACCGUGGGGGGCCUGGAGCCCGGGCGCAAGUACAAGAUGCACCUGUACGGCCUCCACGAGGGGCGGCGCGUGGGCCCCGCGUCCACCGUGGGCGUGACAGCCGCCCUCCCCACGCGGCCCCCCGUGGAGCCCCGCUUGGGGGAGCUGGCAGUGGCGGAGGUGACCUCGGACAGCGUGCGCCUGUGGUGGACGGUGGCCCAGGGCCCCUUCGACUCCUUCGUGGUGCAGUACAGGGAUGCGCAGGGGCAGCCGCAGGCAGUGCCCGUGAGCAGAGACCUCCGCGAGGUCACCAUCUUGGGGCUGGACCCGGCCCGCAAGUACAAGUUCCUGCUCUUCGGACUGCAGGAUGGGAAACGCCACGGCCCGGUCCCUGUGGAGGCGAAGACGGCCCCAGACACAAAGCCCUCUCCCCGCCUGGGGGAGCUGGCAGUGGCGGACGUGACCCCUGACUCCGUGGACCUCUCCUGGACGGUCCCUGCGGGUGAAUUCGACUCCUUUGUGGUCCAGUACAAGGACAGGGACGGGCAGCCCCAGGUGGUGCCGGUGGCCGCAGACCAGCGGGAGGUCACCGUCCCCGGCCUGGAGCCCUCCCGCAAGUACAAGUUCCUGCUGUAUGGCCUGGCAGGCCGCAAGCGGCUGGGCCCUUCCUCUGCCGAGGCCACCACGGCUCCCCGGGAGGAGGAGCCGCAGCCCCCUCCCCGCCUGGGGGAACUGACAGUGGAUGAGGAGACCUCAGACUCCCUGCGCCUGUUGUGGACGGUGGCCCAGGGCCCCUUCGACUCCUUCGUGGUCCAGUACAGGGACAAAAACGGGCAGCCCCAGGUGGUGCCUGUGGCCGCAGACCAGCGCAAGGUCACCAUAGGGGACCUGGAGCCUGGCAGGAAAUACAAGUUCCUGCUCUAUGGGCUCCUCAGAGGAAAGCGCCUGGGCCCCGUGUCGGUCCUGGGAAUGACAGCCCCAGAAGAGGACACACCAGCGCCAGAGACCCCCGAACCCCCUGAAGAGCCCCGCCUAGGGGUGCUGGCGGUGACCGACACAGCCCCAGACUCUAUACGUCUCUCGUGGAAUGUGGCACGGGGCCCCUUUGAUUCCUUCGUGGUCCAGUAUGAGGACACAGACGGGCAGCCCCAGGCCUUGCUCGUGGAUGGUGACCAGAGCAAGGUCCUCAUCUCAGGCCUGGAGCCCAGCACCCCCUACAAGUUCUUCCUCUAUGGCCUCCGCGAAGGGAAGCGCCUGGGGCCCGUCUCCACCGAGGGCACGACAGGGCCGGCUCCUGCUGGUCAGAUCCCAGGGGAGCCAGGGCCCCGCCUGUCCCAGCUGUCGGUGACUGAUGUGACCACCAGUUCUCUGAGGCUCAACUGGGAGGCCCCACCCGAGGCCUUCGACUCCUUCCUCCUCCGCUUUGGGGUCCCAUCACCCAGCACUCUGGAGCCGCAUCCACGUCCUCUGCUGCAGCGGGAGCUGGUGGUGCCAGGGACACGGCGCUCGGCCGUGCUCCGGGACCUGCGUCCGGGGACCCUGUACAGCCUGACGCUGUACGGGCUGCGCGGGCCGCACAAGGCCGACAGCAUCCAGGGCACCGCCCGCACCCUCAGCCCAGUUCUGGAAAGCCCCCGAGAUCUCCAGUUCAGCGAAAUUGGGGAGACCUCGGCCAAGGUCAGCUGGAUGCCCCCAUCAUCCAGGGUGGACAGCUUCAAAGUCUCUUAUCAGCUGGCGGAUGGAGGGGAGCCACAGAGCGUGCAGGUGGAUGGCCGGGCCCGGACCCAGACACUCCAGGGGCUGAUCCCAGGUGCUCGCUACGAGGUGACUGUGGUCUCAGUCCGCGGCUUUGAGGAGAGUGAGCCUCUCACAGGCUUCCUCACCACGGUUCCUGACGGCCCCACCCAGCUGCGUGCACUGAACUUGACCGAGGAUUCCGCCUUGCUGCACUGGAAACCCCCCCAGAAUCCUGUGGACACAUAUGACGUCCGGGUUACAGCCCCCGGGGCCCCAUCUCUGCAGGGCUCAGCCCCGGGCAGCGCGGAGGACUACCCCCUGCACCGCCUCGUGCUCCACACCAACUACACGGCGACCGUGCAGGGCCUUCGGGGCCCCAACCUCACCUCCCCGGCCAGCAUUACCUUCACCACGGGGCUGGAGGCCCCCCAGGACUUGGAGGCCAAGGAAGUGACCCCCCGCACGGCCCUGCUCACUUGGACUGAGCCCCCAGUCCCGCCCACAGGCUACCUGCUCAGCUUUGACACGCCCGGUGGACAGACCCAGGAGAUCCUGCUCCCCAGAGGGGUCACCUCUCACCGGCUCCUAGGCCUCUUUCCCUCCACCCCCUACAGCGCACGGCUCCGGGCCAUGUGGGGCGAGAGCCUCACGCCGCCUGUGUCCACCUCCUUCACCACGGGCGCACUGCGGAUCCCCUUCCCCAGGGACUGUGGGGAGGAGAUGCAGAACGGGGCCAGCACCUCGAGGACCACCACCAUCUUCCUCAACGGCAACCGCGAGCGGCCCCUGAACGUGUUUUGUGACUUGGAGACUGAUGGGGGCGGCUGGCUGGUGUUCCAGCGCCGCAUGGACGGACAGACGGACUUCUGGAGGGACUGGGAGGAGUAUGCCCAUGGUUUUGGGAACAUCUCUGGGGAGUUCUGGCUGGGCAAUGAGGCCCUGCACAGCCUGACAAAGGCGGGAGACUACUCCAUGCGUGUGGACCUGCGGGCGGGGGACGAGGCCGUGUUCGCGCAGUACGACUCCUUCCGAGUGGACUCGGCUGCUGAGUACUACCGCCUCCACCUGGAGGGCUACCAUGGCACCGCGGGGGACUCCAUGAGCUACCACAGCGGCAGUGUCUUUUCUGCCCGUGACCGAGACCCCAACAACUUGCUCAUCUCCUGCGCUGUCUCCUACCGAGGGGCCUGGUGGUACAGGAACUGCCACUAUGCCAACCUCAACGGGCUCUACGGGAGCACAGUGGACCACCAGGGAGUGAGCUGGUACUCCUGGAAGGGCUUUGAGUUCUCGGUGCCCUUCACGGAAAUGAAGCUGAGACCAAGAAGCUUUCGGUCCCCAGCGGGAGGAGGCUGAGCUGGUGCCCGCCUCUCUCGCGCCCCAGUAUGACUGUCGAGCACUGAGGGGUCGCCCGAGAGAAGAGCCAGGGUCCGCCUUCACCACCCGGCCACUGGAGGGAGCCUUCUCUGCCAGCGAUCUCACAGCACCAUGUUUACAGGGGGGAGGGGAGGGUUUUGUAUGGGAGCAAUAAAGGAGAAACUGAGGCAC